AUGGUAGCCCUCGUAAUUCAUGCAGAUGGCCGCCUCCGGCAUGCUUUCAUUGGAUUAGGAUUUCGGGAAAGACCUCAAGCUUAUGAUUUCCAAGCUGCCCUUCAUGAUCAUAUGAAGUAUCUGAACAAGAAAAAAACUGCUGAAGAGAUGGAACAACAGUACCAGAAAACGUCAUCAGUUGAUUACAGUUUGAAAGAGGGGGAGACCCUCGUAUUAAAGAUAAAAAAUAAAAGUAAUGGCAGUGUAAGGUCCAAGUUUUUUGAGCAGGGAUUGAAUACUCUCUCGUUGGAAGAGAAGGGUAACCAAAAAGAGGCCACAAUAUGCAUCAAACCGCCACCACCUCCGCCUGCACCACUUUCACCUGCUGUUACAGCUGUUAAGUCUCCCUCGGAUCUGCUGUCAAAGUUAAGUCUUGAGGAAACAUCUGAAGACAAGGCUUCAGCCUCAGCUAAAGAACACCUAAAGGAAGCAGAUUCUGUUGAAAAUCAGAGCCCACAUGAAACACCAGAUGAUGACUUUGGGGAUUUUCAGACGGCAGGGUAA